AUGGCCACUGAAGACAAGACAGGAUCCAAGUCAGACGAGGACCUUAAACACGGAUCAUCUGAUGAUGUCGAGGCCUCUUCAUUGCAAGUUCCCGAGAAUGGCGCCAGUAUUGUCGUUGAUCCGGAGGGAGAACGAUCAUAUGGUAAGCUCCAGCCAAAUAUCUCCACCUUCCGAGUUGUGGCUCACCUACUUAUCACAGUGAGGAAGCUCGACUUCUACUUGUUGCCGUAUCUAUCUCUGAUGUACUUCUUCAAUGCCGUCGACCGCUCCAACUUGGGUAACGCUAAGACCGACGGAUUCGAGCAAGACCUGAACUUCAAAGGAAACGAGUACAGCUUGCUCAUUCUGCUCUUUUACAUCCCCUUUGGAACCCUGGACCUACCUCUCAACCUCCUCACAAAGAAGUUCUCAGCAAGGUGGGUCUUGCCUUCGUUGAUGGUAAUUUGGGGCGGCAUCGCAACCGUCCAGAUCGCGAGCAAGAACUUUGCCGGCAUCCUUGUACUCCGUCUGCUUCUUGGCGCAUGCGAAGCCGGGUUCUUCGCCGGCGUCGUCUUCUACUUCACCUUAUUCUACAAACGGUCCGAGCUCGGCUUCCGCGUCGCCAUUUUCUUCGGCAGUGCCCUCCUAGCCGCGGCUUUCAGCGGCCUCAUCUCCUACGGUGUCUUUCAGAUCGAGGGGACCCGGCUCCAGGGCUGGCAAUGGCUCAUGCUGAUCGAGGGUGUCCUGACCGUUCUCGUCGGGGUUGCAGCCUUUUGGUGGCUGCCCGCCUCUCCGGCGACCGCCUGGUUUCUCAACGACAGAGAGAAGGCUGCGGCUUUAGCCAGGACCCUUCGCGAUGGCUCCAACAAGGUGGACUCAAAGUUUGACUGGAAAGAGUGCUUCACUCUGUGGAAGGAUUGGAAGUUCGUCAUGUGGCUGCUCAUCGCCUUCAACUACCCCGUCGCCUUCGCCACCACGUCCAAUUUCUUGCCGCAAAUUGUACAGCGCCUCGGAUACAGCGUCAUCAAGACGAAUCUCUGGACCGUGGCUCCCAACGCCGUUGGUUUCUUGAUUCUCCUUGCGACAGCCAAGUCGUCCGACUACUUCCACGAGCGGACUUUCCACAUCGUCAGUGCUUUGACGACCUCGCUCGUCGGUAUGAUUAUCCUCAUCGCGAUCGAUGUCCUGGAGAAUCGGGGCUUAGCGUACUUUGCCUGCUUUCUCAUGGCCGCGGGCGCGUACACACCUUCAUGUCUAGUCCAGUCAUGGCAUAAUAACAAUAACUUGAACGAAAACAGCCGCGCUGCCACCACUGGUUUGCUAGUUGGCCUUGGCAACUUUGCUGGAAUCUUGUCAGCGGCAACAUUCAGGACCGAAUAUGCGCCCAAGUACAUCCCCACGCUCAUUGUCACUUGCUGCUGCAAUGUUCUCGCAAUUACAUCGGCGUUGAUUCUGGGCGGCUGGAUGAAGAUGGAGAAUCGGCGAAGGAACAAGGCCCAGGGAGUCAAUCUUCAAGCCCAGGAUGUGGACACGUCAGAGCUGCACGACGGCGAAAGGUCACCCAAGUUUCGGUUCUUCACGUAG